AUGGCCUCCCGCUUCGUCGCCUCCCGCCUGGCCUCUGCCACCCGCAUCAAUGUUGCUGCCGCUUCCAAGCGCUCCAUGUCUGGUGCCGCUAAGCGCACUCAGGUCGUCACCCGCAACGCUUUCCAGGUCCAGCGCCGUGCCUACUCUUCCGAGAUGGCCAACGCUCUGGUUGAGGUGUCCAAGAACAUUGGUAUGGGCUCUGCCGCCAUUGGUCUGACUGGUGCCGGUAUUGGUAUUGGUCUCGUCUUCGCUGCCCUCAUCAACGGUGUUGCCCGCAACCCUGCUCUCCGUGGCCAGCUUUUCUCCUACGCCAUUCUGGGUUUCGCCUUCGUCGAGGCCAUCGGUCUUUUCGAUCUCAUGGUUGCCCUCAUGGCCAAACGUAAACAAUCUCUCAUUCAAUUAAGUCGGCCCCUCUUGAUUGAUGGGGUCUCUAAUAUCCGGGGACGAUCAGCGACGUCGGUGCGCGGUAUGAAGGUCUCAAGAAGGAGCUCUUUUACCGGCACUUACCUAUGUUUAAAAAUCGGAAUUGCAUUAUAG